AUGGCGGCUCAGCUUUCGGAGAAGAUUUCUAAGGCGAUCAAGAUGAACGUGCAGCAGUUUUUCUGGACGGACUCUACCUGUGUUCUACAAUGGCUAAAGGCAGUACCCACGACGUGGACUACAUUCGUUGCUAAUCGCGUGGCGAAAAUUCAAGGAAUCACCGAGGCGCAUAUUUGGCAGCACGUUCCAGGAACCCAAAAUCCGGCCGAGUUAAUUUCGCGCGGAUUAAGUCCAGAGCAGAUCCAGCACAAUGAGCUGUGGUGGGAGGGCCCAUCAUGGUUCCAGGCAGGGCUAGAUUCAUGGCCAAGGCAACACACAAUGGCAAACGUUGAGGACGUAGAAGGGGAGAUGCGCCGCUCAGCAGUUCCAUGUGCGAAACAGCAGGAAUAUUUCGGAACCUGGUACGUUAGCAAGUUCUCCAAUUAUCAAAAUUUGAUGAGAAGUACAGCGUACUGGCUACGAUUGAAAAAUAUCCUCAAGCGGACUGAGGCUAGCAGAAGAUGGAAAGGAAUUCUACAGGCAGCAGAAUUGAAGGAGGCAGAGCACACGUUAAUGGGAUGCAUUCAGCAGGAAACGUUCCCAAAAGAGUGGAAGGCGCUUUCGAACCAUGAAGCAGUAUCAAGGAGUUCACCGCUGCGCUGGUUUUACCCACAGUUGUCUAGAGACAAUCUGAUCAGAGUUGGAGGGCGAUUGGGCCACUCACAGGAAAUUGAAGAUACCAAGCAUCCAAUAGUUCUUCCAGCAACACACCUUCUAACAAGAAUGCUACUAGAGCAUUUUCAUAAGAAGUUGCUUCACGCAGGACCGCAGCUUCUUCUUGGCACCGUAAGGCUUCAGUAUUGGCCAUUGGGAGGCCGCAGUGUAGCUCGGCAAAUAGUACAUCGGUGCCAACGUUGUUUCAGAGCAAAGCCAAGACCUAUUCAACAGUUCAUGGGUGAACUACCCGCAGCGCGUGUAACGGCAUCAAGGCCAUUCUCACGCACAGGAGUCGAUUAUUUCGGCCCGGUACAUAUACGCCCAGGUCCCCGUCGUACGGCAGUGAAGGCUUAUGUAGCAGUAUUCGUCUGUAUGUGCACGAAAGCCGUUCAUCUUGAGCUGGUAACAGAUCUGUCUACGGACCGGUUUCUGCAGGUGUUACGCAGAUUUAUUGCAAGAAGAGGCAAGUGUUCCGACCUGUACUCUGAUAACGGGACAAACUUCAUUGGAGCUCGGAACCAACUGAAACAACUGGCUGAAUUGUUACACAGCAAAGAGCACAACGAGAAGAUAGCGAAGGAAUGCACAAAGGAGGGAAUCCAUUGGCAUUUUAAUCCCCCCAGUGCUCCCCAUUUCGGAGGUCUAUGGGAAGCGGCAGUGAAGUCAGCCAAAUACCAUUUGUUGCGCGUCCUCGGUGACCAUGUUGUUUCGUUUGAAGAUAUGAACACUCUUUUGGUUCAGGUGGAGAGCUGUCUUAACUCUAGACCGCUAACUGCGAUGUCCGACGAUCCGAAUGAUCUGGAACCUUUGACUCCAGGACAUUUUUUGAUUGGAGCCUCAAUGCAACAACUGCCUGCUCCAGACUACACUGCUGUUCCGCUAAAUCGGUUGAAGCAGUGGCAAACAAUACAGCAAAAACUACAGCAAUUCUGGAAACGAUGGCGGUUGGAAUAUUUAACCCAGCUGCAGGGCAGAGUGAAGCGUUGGCAACCACCGAUUCCAAUCUCUGUGGGCCAAUUGGUGAUAAUCCGCGACGACAACCUACCCCCCCCCCAUCCGCUGGAAAAUGGGAAGGAUUCAGAAGGUCCACUCUGGAGACGACGGAGUUGUCAGAGUAGUGACGCUUAA